CCUGGCUUCGGGGGAAACCGCCACUGCCAUGGCUGAACCUCAGAGAUACCGUACGUCCGUCCUCCCUGUCUUGUAGGUGAACAUCGCAGCAUGGCUGAGCCCAUUUGCAUCGACUUAGACGACGAGGACACUUGGCGGCCGCCAGACCUCCUAUGCGAGCUCCUGUUGCCGCAACAAGGUGGUGAGAAACGUUCGGUGGGAGAAGCAACCAUUAAGCAGAUCUCAGGUGAUGCUGGGAUGGCACUGUCCUUUUCAGUGGUCCCGGAGGCCGGACAGCGAGUGCGGCAGCAGUCUGUGCCAAGCACGGUUAUUUCGCACCUCACGGUCGAGUCCACUUCCACGAUUGUCUUGAAACUCUUGAAGCCCGUCUUCUGGCAGGUCUCUGCCGAUCAGGGUGAUUACUUGGAUCACUUGGCGCUGGUCACUAACGAGCCGGAGUUUCACAUGGUGCUGUCGACCUUGCGUUGGUGGUUACCCCAUGUGGUGGUGCAGGGGACUUUACCACAACAGCUGGAGAAGGAUCCGGUGGUGCUUCGACUGGAGGGCAUCUCACUUACAGCCCGAGAUAUCGAGCUGCUGGGAGAUGAGCAAUGCCUCAACGACUCGGUCCUCGACUUCUUCCUGAAGCUUGCAGUGGAUUUGGUCGCGCCCGAGCACCUGAAAG